AGACCAUUCGGACGCAGUGACACUGUAGUACGCACGAUCAUCGUCAGUGCUUUAGCAAAUUUAAAAAAAAUGCAGUGGUUAUGUUUUCUUUUAAUGGUGGCAGUCUCUUACGCCAGUGUUCCGACAACAAGAUUAGUGAAAAAAACAGACGGUGUUAUACCAUCUCCUGUUUUAAUUAGUUUAACGGCUAUAGAUCCUACUGGAUUUAAACUAAGAUGGCAGCCAAUCAAGGGUGCUAUAGCGAAUUCUAUUCUAGGGUACAAGGUGAAAAUUUGGGAGCAACCGUUAGAGAAGGUUUACAAAUACGAAACACUAAAUGGCGUCAAAGUAUUAGUCGAGAAAUAUACUACAGCUAAGUUCCCACUCGAGAGCCAAGUACCAGGCUUUGAACCGGUGAAUGUAAUACUCACUCAAGCUGAUGAGCGUGAAGCUAUAGGUCAAAAUUUGAGAGUAGGCUUGAUAUACGAAUUCAGAGUCCAAGCGUUCACUAAUGAUGGAGAUGGUCCACUAUCGGCGCCAAUGAGACUAAAAUUUUCAUUACCAGGUGGAGUUCAAGGACAUGCAAAGGAAUCUACUCUUUCGAAUACAUCGGAUUCAAAUUAGUGUUAUUAUUUUUCUUAUUCACUCGAUGUUUAAAUAAAUAGCCUUUAUAUGUAAAUAUGAGAGUAUUUUUUCAUUAAAGUUACCUGUAGCAAAUCUCAGGCCUCAUAAUGUCUGAUACAAAAACAAUACUACUUUUGCUUUACAAUAUUAAUGUGGAUUGUAAGACAUUGUCAAAGACUUAAGAAAUAGAACUCUAAAGUUUGUGAAUGAAUAAUCUUACUGAUUGAGGAGCUCUGUGGCAUCUAUUUAUUAAUAAGUUUGUGUUAGACCUUAGUUAAUGAUAUAAAAAAUAAUUCAAUUAGUUUACCUUAAUAAGUGGUCCUAUUUUUGUCUCUUACAAUUACAUAGAAAAUAAAGUUUACGUGUUAACA